CAGCGGCUUGGGGCCCGAAGCGGCCAUGGCCGGCGGGAGCUGAGGGAGGGGCGCUCCGCGGAGCGAGGCCGCGGGGGCCCAGCUGGUGCUCGGAGCGUGGGGGUUGAGGUGGGGGCGGCCGGGAGCCCGGAGUGGGGGCUGCGGCCGAGGCAUUCCGGCCUCCCAGGUCCACGGCGAGAAGCCGAGGGAGGGGAGGGGGUGCUAAGCAAGACCCUAGUCCCCGCGUCCCGAACCUGGGCACGCUCGGAGAGACGGGGAUAAGGAGAUGCCAGGAGCGUGCGGCGUGGAGGAUGGGUUUGGGGAAGCGCGCGGCCCCCAGUUUGGUGGGGGGGCUCCCGGAGGACGGAGCAAGCUCCCGGACCCUUGUCCACAACACAGACAUACACACUUGUUGGGCUACUAGCUCGGCUCACUCAGGCGCUUCCAGCUUCCCGCAGGCACCCAGAGGGCCAGAUCAUGGACAUACAUACACACAUACAUAUAUCCGUACAUAUGUGCACACAGACAUACCUCCCGCACACCAGCGCCCACUGGGGCACCGUCACCAGCUCGAAAUCCGCUUCUGUGUCUGCACGAUCAGCAGCACGGACACACAACCCGUGGCUUUACAGAGCAACAACACAACCGAGUGUGACACCCCGCGACGUGGACACACAAACACAAUCUCAUGCCCUUAUGUAUGAGUGUCACAGCCACGGUUCGCUACAUGAACCCUCAAAACCUAGCCAUCCCUUACAUUUCUUUAAGGAACACACCCUACCAUAUAUUGUCUUACCCACUUCUUGGCCAGAACAUAUGUACACAGCACAGGUCUCCUUGCACCCCUCGACUGCACCCACACAAACACACAACCCAGUAUCUCAGCACACGCUUGACGGCACACACCCUAACACAGUCAGUGGCACCUACAGCAGCGCCUCACCGUCACAAACACAGAACCCACUGUUUCACCCAUCUUAACACUGGGUGUCACACACACCUUAAACCAACAGUGUCACAUUACACCCUGCAGCGCACACACACAAACACACACACUCCGUUCCUCUCCCUCGGAGUCCUGAUUCAGGCUAGAGAAGCCGCCGGGAUCCCUCAGCUAGCCCCCAGCGCCCCGUCACCUUAAUCACGACAUUGUUAUUGUAAAUACCGGCACAGCGGGAACCCUGGACCGGCCUGCCGACUUCCCAGCCGGCGCCUCCCCAGCCCCCACUCCCGGGCCCAACUGGCCGCUGUUCCGGGAACUAGUUGGACCUGGCUGGCCAAGCCAUCACGCCUCCCCGGGGCUCCGGGGUCCCAGGUUCCUUUGCAGAGGGUGCGAGGCGGGGACUGUGAUUGCCACCCUCUUCCGGCCAUUUAGCUGAGUUUUCGGAGCCACCUGGGUCCCCAGCACACCUGGGUCCCGCACACCUUCGUGGAUCCCGCACGCCUCGGCCCGUUUCACACCUAAGCGCCCCCUCCGCCUGGUCCCAGCUGUAGGCCAGUGUGUGCGCGGGCAGGCCCUGGAGCCAGAAUGGAGAUCGCAGCAGCCACAGGAGCAGAAUUUGGAGGCGACAUGGUCUCGCACCCCUUCCCCUCCUCCCAGCUACCCUCCGGUGCUUGGCGUCUACCUGGAGAGACAGAGAACUCAGGAACAGGUGUACAAUACUGAAGCCGAACAACAACACAGGCGGGCGGUGUCCCAGUCAGCCCAGUGAUUCAUUACCUUGGGAUCGGAGCAGACAAUAAGCAGCUCCCUCCUGAUUCUGGCGCCUGCCAGGAUGGGGCCCCUGAGGCGCAGCCCGGGCCCUGGGGGGCAACGGCUACUGCUGUCUUCCAUGCUUCUAGCAGUGCUGCUCCUGCUGGCUCCAUCCCCAGGCCACGCCACUCGGGUAGUAUACAAGGUGCUGGAGGAACAGCCGCCCAACACCCUCAUCGGGAGCCUCGCAGCCGACUAUGGUUUUCCAGAUGUGGGGCACCUGUACAAGCUAGAGGUGGGUGCCCCAUACCUUCGCGUGGAUGGCAAGACAGGUGACAUUUUCACCACUGAGACCUCCAUCGACCGUGAGGGGCUCCGUGAAUGCCAGAACCAGCUCCCUGGUGAGCCCUGCAUCCUGGAGUUUGAGGUGUCUAUCACAGACCUUGUGCAGAACGGCAGCCCCCGGUUGCUAGAGGGCCAGAUAGAAGUACAAGACAUCAACGACAACACACCUAACUUUGCCUCACCAGUCAUCACUCUGGCCAUCCCCGAGAACACCAAUAUCGGCUCACUCUUCCCCAUCCCGCUGGCUUCAGAUCGUGAUGCUGGUCCCAACGGCGUGGCAUCCUAUGAGCUGCAGGCCGGGCCUGAAGCCCAGGAGCUAUUUGGGCUGCAGGUAGCAGAGGACCAGGAGGAGAAGCAACCACAGCUCAUUGUGAUGGGCAACCUGGACCGUGAGCGCUGGGACUCCUACGACCUCACCAUCAAGGUGCAGGAUGGCGGCAGCCCCCCACGUGCCAGCAGUGCCCUGCUGCGUGUCACCGUGCUCGACACCAAUGACAACGCCCCCAAAUUUGAGCGGCCCUCCUAUGAGGCCGAACUAUCUGAGAAUAGCCCCAUAGGCCACUCGGUCAUCCAGGUGAAGGCCAAUGACUCAGACCAAGGUGCCAAUGCAGAGAUUGAAUACACGUUCCACCAGGCGCCCGAAGUUGUGAGGCGUCUUCUUCGACUGGACAGAAACACUGGACUUAUCACUGUUCAGGGCCCCGUGGACCGUGAGGACUUAAGCACCCUGCGCUUCUCAGUGCUUGCUAAGGACCGAGGCACCAACCCCAAGAGUGCCCGUGCCCAGGUGGUUGUGACCGUGAAGGACAUGAAUGACAAUGCCCCCACCAUUGAGAUCCGGGGCAUAGGACUGGUGACCCAUCAAGAUGGGAUGGCUAACAUCUCAGAAGAUGUGGCAGAGCAGACAGCUGUGGCCCUGGUGCAGGUAUCUGACCGAGAUGAGGGAGAGAAUGCAGCUGUCACCUGUGUGGUAGCAGGUGAUGUGCCCUUCCAGCUGCGCCAGGCCAGUGAGACAGGCAGUGACAGCAAGAAGAAGUAUUUCCUGCAGACCACCACCCCACUGGACUACGAGAAGGCCAAAGACUACACCAUUGAGAUUGUGGCUGUGGACUCUGGCAACCCCCCACUCUCCAGCACCAAUUCCCUCAAGGUGCAGGUGGUGGAUGUCAAUGACAAUGCACCUGUCUUCACUCAGAGUGUCACUGAGGUCGCCUUCCCAGAAAACAACAAGCCUGGUGAAGUGAUCGCUGAGGUCACUGCCAGUGAUGCUGACUCUGGCUCUAAUGCUGAGCUGGUUUAUUCUCUGGAGCCUGAGCCGGCUGCUAAGGGCCUCUUUACCAUUUCACCUGAGACUGGAGAGAUCCAGGUGAAGACAUCUCUGGAUCGGGAACAGCGGGACAGCUAUGAGUUGAAGGUGGUGGCAGCUGACCGGGGCAGCCCUAGCCUCCAGGGCACAGCCACUGUCCUUGUCAAUGUGCUGGACUGCAAUGACAAUGACCCCAAAUUUAUGCUGAGUGGCUACAACUUCUCAGUGAUGGAGAACAUGCCAGCGCUGAGUCCAGUGGGCAUGGUGACUGUCAUUGAUGGAGACAAGGGGGAGAAUGCCCGGGUGCAGCUCUCAGUGGAGCAGGACAAUGGUGACUUUGUUAUCCAGAAUGGCACAGGCACCAUCCUCUCCAGCCUGAGCUUCGAUCGAGAGCAACAAAGCACCUACACCUUCCAGCUGAAGGCGGUGGAUGGUGGCGUCCCACCUCGCUCAGCGUAUGUUGGUGUCACCAUCAAUGUGCUAGACGAGAAUGACAACGCACCCUAUAUCACUGCUCCUUCUAACGCCUCUCACCGGCUGCUGACCCCCCAGACACGUCUUGGUGAGACGGUCAGCCAAGUGGCAGCCGAGGACUUUGACUCUGGUGUCAAUGCUGAGCUGAUCUACAGUAUCGCAGGUGGCAACCCUUACGGACUCUUCCAGAUUGGAUCACAUUCAGGUGCCAUCACCCUGGAGAAGGAGAUUGAGCGGCGCCACCAUGGGCUACACCGCCUGGUGGUUAAGGUCAGUGACCGUGGCAAGCCCCCACGCUAUGGCACAGCCUUGGUCCACCUUUAUGUCAAUGAGACUCUGGCCAACCGCACGCUGCUGGACACCCUCCUGGGCCACAGCUUGGACACGCCACUGGAUAUUGACAUCGCUGGAGAUCCAGAAUACGAGCGCUCCAAGCAGCGUGGCAACAUUCUCUUUGGUGUGGUGGCCGGUGUGGUGGCCGUGGCCUUGCUCAUCGCCCUGGCGGUUCUUGUGCGCUACUGCCGGCAGCGGGAGGCCAAGAGUGGUUACCAGGCUGGUAAAAAGGAGACCAAGGACCUGUACGCCCCCAAGCCCAGUGGCAAGGCCUCCAAGGGAAACAAAAGCAAGGGCAAGAAGAGCAAGUCCCCGAAGCCUGUGAAGCCAGUGGAGGAUGAGGAUGAGGCCGGGCUGCAGAAGUCCCUCAAGUUCAACCUGAUGAGCGAUGCCCCUGGGGACAGUCCCCGAAUCCACCUGCCCCUCAACUACCCACCGGGCAGCCCUGACCUGGGUCGCCACUACCGCUCUAACUCCCCACUGCCUUCCAUCCAGCUGCAGCCCCAGUCACCCUCGGCCUCCAAGAAGCACCAGGUGGUACAGGACCUGCCACCUGCAAACACAUUCGUGGGCACCGGGGACACCACGUCCACGGGCUCUGAGCAGUACUCCGACUACAGCUACCGAACCAACCCCCCCAAAUACCCCAGCAAGCAGUUACCUCACCGCCGCGUCACCUUCUCAGCCACCAGCCAGGCCCAGGAGCUGCAGGACCCAUCCCAGCACAGUUACUAUGAUAGUGGCCUGGAGGAGUCUGAGACACCAUCCAGCAAGUCAUCCUCGGGGCCUCGACUCGGUCCCCUGGCCCUGCCUGAGGAUCACUAUGAGCGCACCACCCCUGACGGCAGCAUAGGAGAGAUGGAGCACCCCGAGAAUGACCUUCGCCCUUUGCCUGAUGUCGCCAUGACAGGCACAUGUACCCGGGAGUGCAGCGAGUUUGGCCACUCUGACACAUGCUGGAUGCCUGGCCAGUCAUCUCCCAGCCGCCGGACCAAGAGCAGCGCCCUCAAACUCUCCACCUUCGUGCCUUACCAGGACCGAGGAGGGCAGGAGCCUGCGGGCGCCGGCAGCCCCAGCCCCCCGGAAGACCGGAACACCAAAACGGCCCCCGUGCGCCUCCUGCCCUCCUACAGUGCCUUCUCCCACAGUAGCCAUGAUUCCUGCAAGGACUCGGCCACCUUGGAGGAAAUCCCCCUGACCCAGACCUCGGACUUCCCACCCGCAGCCACACCGGCAUCUGCCCAGACGGCCAAGCGCGAGAUCUACCUGUGAGCCCCCUUCUGGCCGGCCGGUCCCCCUCCCCCAGCCGCCGGCCAGUUCCCAAAUGGGCCCAUUCCAGGGCCUCACUCUCGACCCCUUCAGCGUGGACUUCCUGGCCAGGGCCCCAAGUUGGGGGUAACACUGGCCUCAUGACCACGCUGGCCCUUCUCCCAUGCAGGGUCCAGGUCCUCUCCGCUCAUUUCCAUCUCCCAGCCCCCAGGGGCCCCUUCCCCUUUAUGGGGUUUCCCCCAGCUAAUGCCCAAGAGGGCUCCUCUACAAUGACUGGGCUCCUUUCCUUGACUUCCAGGGAGCACCCCCCUCGAUUUGGGCAGAUGGUGGAGUCAAGGGUGGGCAGCACACUCCUAACUCAUUGUUUCCCUCAUGGCCGACCAGGGCGGGGAUAGCACGCCCAAUUUUAGCCCUGAAGCAGGGCUGAGCUGGGGAGCCCCUUUCCCUGGGAGCUCCCAGAGGAAACUCUUGACCGCUAGGGGCUCCCUGAAGGGCUUUCAUUACCAAAGGUGGGGUAGGGACGGGGGGUGGGUGGGAGUGGAGCGGAGGCCUCGUCUUCCCUUGCUGCCCCUGGGCUGGCCCACCUGCCUGCCACAUGCCCACGCCUAGUCCCAUCCGGGCCCCCCUUCCCUGCUGGUCAUGCAGUGUCUGUAUAUAAGGACCUUGGAAUGACGUUCCCAUUUCUGCCUGAUUUGCAACUUUUAUUGUUGAUGUUGUGUUGUCUUGGGGGACCCCUCUGGCGGGGGACCUGCCCUGUGCCCCCUCUUCCCUGCCGCAGUGCCCCCCCAACCCAGGCCUCUAUUGUUCCGUGUUGUAAAUACCCCUGGGGCCAUGGUGGGAUGGGGGUGCAGGCCAGGAAAACAACGGGUGGGUGGGGGUGGGGACGGGGGUAACAUUUGCCUAUCAGCAGAGCUGGGCUUUUAUUUAAUUUUUUUUAAAAA